GUUACAUCACACUUUUGCGCAAGUUGUUAAACAUUUUCCUUUAAAAAAACCAAUUUUCGCCGAGAAAAAUAAUUAAAAUUAACGAAAUUAACCGGUAACGCUGGAGCAAUGGAGUGCUAAGCACCUUUGAACGCGGAAAUUGGGCUUGAGCAAUGUCGGAAUCGGAACAGUUCUUUUGUAGAUGAAUUAUUCCUUCCUGCGCACAAGUUUAUUAAAAAUUUGCAUUUCAUACGAACUCUGAAGAACAAAAAGUUGAAAAUUUCGCUCCAAACGAGAAUUCUUUUUUGUUCUCAAUUUCAAAACAGGCCGAGUUUUCGUAAAAAAAAAGUUCUCUAGCAAAAAAAUUAACGCAUUAUUUCUACAAACAAUCAAAAAAAUCAUCAAAAAUACAAAACCUCGUGGUCAAAUAAAUGGCUGCCUACUUGAAUCGCACACUCUCGAUGGUGACUGGCAAUGGCUAUGAAAACGGCGGUUCCUCGACGAAUCCCUUGACGGACCCGAAUACGCGACUUUCGCAUCAUUCGUCGCACGACAUCUCGCCGUUGCAGAUUUUUGUGCGGGCCAAGAAGAAAAUUAACGAUAUUUUUGGCGAAAUUGAGGAUUAUGUGGUUGAGACGACGACUUUUAUUGAUGCUCUUGCCAGCGACAAGCAAAAGGAAAUAGUCGACAAAGCAGAAGCCGAGCAGUUUAACAGUUAUGUGCUCAAAGUUGCCGGUAUUAGGGAGGUUUUGGCACGUGAUCAUAUGAAAGUCGCCUUCUUUGGAAGGACUUCGAAUGGGAAAAGUUCCGUCAUUAAUGCCAUGUUGAGAGAUAGAAUUUUGCCGAGUGGCAUUGGGCACACGACAAAUUGCUUUUGUCAAGUUGAGGGAGUGGAUGGGCAGGAAGCGUAUCUAGUCACGGAAGGAUCGGAGGAAAAGUUGAAUGUUACGUCGGUGAAGCAACUCGCAAACGCCUUAUGCACGGAAAAGUUGAGUGAAAGUUCCAAAGUUCGUAUUUUCUGGCCUCGAGAACGUUGCAGUCUCUUACGAGACGACGUCGUAUUCGUCGAUUCGCCCGGCGUUGAUGUCUCGCCAAACCUAGAUGACUGGAUCGACAACCACUGUUUAAAUGCCGACGUCUUCGUUUUAGUACUAAAUGCUGAAUCGACGAUGACAUUAGCUGAAAAAUCAUUUUUCCACGAAGUAUCGACGAAACUUUCGAAACCGAACAUUUUUGUCUUAAAUAAUCGCUGGGAUGCGUCCGCGAGUGAGCCAGAAUUUCAAGAAUCGGUCAAACAACAACACCAGGAGCGUUGUAUUGAUUUUUUGACCAAAGAAUUGAAGGUUUGCACCCCAAAAGAGGCUGAGGAACGAGUUUUCUUUGUGUCGGCUCGUGAAACUUUGAACGCUCGUCUUCAAGAGCAAAAAGGACUCCCCGCACACACAGCUGCUCUGGCGGAAGGUUUCCAAAAUCGUUAUUUCGAGUUCCAGGACUUUGAGAAGCAAUUUGAGGAAUGCAUCUCGAAGAGCGCCGUCAAAACAAAGUUCGAGCAGCACAGUUUGCGCGGCAAAAACAUCUCGGGCGACAUGUAUGCGAUGCUCGACAGCAUUUACGAGCGUACCAACACGCUGCGCAACCAAAAACUCGAGCAAAAGCGAAUUUUGACAGAUCGCAUCGCCAAAACGGAGACACAGCUGAUGACGGUGACGCGCGAAAUGAAGAUAAAAAUCCACAAUAUGGUCGAGGAGGUCGAACAAAAGGUGUCGAAAGCGCUCAACGAGGAAAUUUGGCGUUUAAAUGUGCUCGUUGACGAGUUCAAUCUCCCCUUUCACACGGAUCAACUUGUGCUGAAUGUCUACAAGAAGGAAAUUAACGCCCAUGUCGAGAACGGACUCGGUUUAAAUCUUCGUGCGAGACUUUCGACAGCACUUGCGAUGAACGUUGAAACCGCGCAACGCGAAAUGAUCGAACGCAUGACGGCUCUCGUGCCCGCCGAAAAGCUCGCGCCGCAAGUAACGGCUCAAGUUAUCGCCCGAAAUCAACCUUUUGAGAUGCUUUAUUCGCUCAAUUGUCAGAAUUUGUGCGCCGACUUCCAGGAAGAUCUCGAGUUUCGGUUCUCGUGGGGCAUAACGGCGAUGAUUCAACGAUUCACGGGCAAGGCGAAGGAACGAAAAGCGAUCGGAGGAAGGGCAGGAAGCAAUAUGAACAUGUCGAAUAUGUUGUCGCCCGUUGUAAAUGAGCCGCAUACGCCCACGUGUCUCGUACCGAAUAACGAAUUGAUAACGCAGGAACAGUUGUCGGUGAUUUCGAAAGUUGCGGUUGCUUCGAUUGGGUCGCAAGGUACCGUUGGAGGACUUGUUGUCGGAGGAUUGCUCUUGAAAACGAUCGGAUGGCGCGUUUUGAUUGGCGUUGGCUGUGUUUACGGUGCUGUUUACUUCUAUGAACGUCUUUCAUGGACAAAUACGGCGAAAGAGAAAUGCUUUAAGAACCAAUACGUUCGUCACGCAACACGAAAACUUAGAUUAAUUGUCGAUUUGACAUCAGCUAAUUGUAGUCAUCAAGUUCAACAGGAACUUUCGAGCACCUUUGCACGCCUCUGUCGCGUCGUCGAUACCGCCAGCAACGAGAUGAACGACGAACUGAAGGAUAUCGAGUCGACCCUAGCUGUGCUGGAGGCUCAUCAGAAGCAGCUUAAGUUGUUAAAGAACAAAGCCAACUACAUUACGAACGAGCUAGACAUCUUCGAGAACAACUACAUCAAACAAAAUUGAAUCUGAAGCACUCUUAGUGUCAUAAAAUCGCGAAAAUUUUUCACAUUUUGUUUUAAAAAUUCUGUUAAAUCAUUUUUUACACUAAAAAAAAUUAUAAUAUUAUAUAUUUGCUAAACAAGAAAAAAAAAUUGCAUGAGUUAAAUUUUGACUGUAGAUCGCUACUUUUUACUUUUUAAAUUCCAAAUUUAUUUACGAGAUGUAACUUUUCAGUUGUUAAAAAAUUAAUAAAUAAAUAAAAGCAUCAAAGAGGCGAAAAUUGAACUGGAAAUGCAUGAAAGUCGUCCCCCGUGAUUAAUUAUUUUUUAGAUAAAAUUGCAUGUAAUAAAUAUGAAAAUAUUACCUUAAAUUAUAGGAGAAAGAAAUUUGAGUAAUAAAAAUAUUGAAAAA